AUGAGAAUUCUGCAGAUUUGACAAAGUCGUUUCAAGAACUCAGUCGUCGCUUGCCUGUCCUCGUAAAUUCGGGGUACCUAUUAGGAAGCUUUAGCUUUCUCGUUCGCGCCGGAUUCUCGCUUCCGGAUUAUCUCGAAAAUCUUGUUCCUCCUUUGCUUUCUCUUUUCCUUCUUUUGAAAGUGUGUGACUUGUCUUCUUUUUCUUUCUCUUUUUCUCUCUUUCUCUCCUUUUAAUUGUCGACUUAAAAAUGCGUUAAAGCACGGCGGAAAUACCUUCAUGGAGGAGAUACACGGAGGCGAGAUGUCUUCCGUGACGCUCUCGUCCAUCUUGCUCCUUCUGCUUUUCGGCCGCUCCGCGAAUGCCCAAAGAAGUUUGGAAUUUUUCGAUCUCCUACCGGAAGAUCCUAAGUUGUACGAUAAAAUGCGACCACCCAAAAAAGAUGGUCAGGCAACCGUUGUAUAUUUUCACGUUACUGUUAUGGGACUCGAUUCCAUCGACGAAAAUUCAAUGACAUACGCCGCCGAUAUUUUCUUUGCCCAAACAUGGAAAGACAAUAGACUCCGACUGCCAGAAAAUAUGACAUCUGAGUAUAGAUUAUUAGAGGUCGAUUGGCUGAAAAAUAUGUGGCGGCCGGAUUCCUUCUUUAAGAACGCAAAAUCCGUGACUUUUCAAACAAUGACAAUACCAAAUCAUUACCUGUGGCUGUAUAAAGAUAAAACUAUACUUUACAUGGUGAAGUUGACCUUAAAACUUUCUUGCGCCAUGAAUUUUUUGAUCUAUCCUCACGAUACGCAAGAAUGUAAAUUGCAAAUGGAAAGUCUAUCGCACACAACGGAUGAAAUGAUCUUUCAAUGGGAUCCUGAUGUUCCCCUUGUUGUGGAUGAGAAUAUCGAAUUGCCCCAAUUACAGCUCGUUAAAAAUUACACGGCUGAUUGCACACAAGUCUACUCCACUGGUAACUUUACUUGUCUCGAAGUUGUGUUUGUACUGAAGCGACGUCUUGGCUAUUACUUAUUCCAUACGUACGUGCCAACAUGCUUGAUCGUCAUCAUGUCGUGGGUAUCAUUCUGGAUAAAACCCGAGGCUGCGCCCGCUAGGGUUACUCUGGGAGUUACAUCGCUGCUCACCCUGUCCACGCAACAUGCCAAAAGUCAAGCCUCGUUACCGCCCGUUUCGUACUUGAAGGCCGUCGAUGCCUUCAUGUCGGUUUGCACGGUAUUCGUCUUUAUGGCAUUGAUGGAGUAUUGUCUGGUGAACAUUGUUCUCGGCGACUCGGAUACACCGGCAGCGAAACCCGCGCCACCGCCACCGCCGCCAUCCUCCAGUACCGCAGAUUCGGCUAAGCUCGACAAGAUCUUCGACAUCGCUGCCAAGGAAAACGCAAUGUUGUUAUCCUGCCGAUCGCAGAAAUCAUCAGCUGGCCCACCAUCUGGACCCACUCCAGCCCAAAAAGCGCGAAUGCGAGCGCUGAACAUUGACCGUUUCUCGCGAGUUUUCUUCCCCUUUCUGUUUACCUUGCUGAACGUCACCUAUUGGAUAAUGUUUGCUGAGUAUAUCUAGACCAUGAUAUUGCAAAUCACGGAAGCAUUAAUACUUUGAAAAACGAAUAGCGUAAGAAAUGAGAAACAGAUAACCCGCCAAUGAAACUGGAAGAAUUUGAAGCGUGCUAAAAAAAGACAAAAAGCAAUAAGAUCUUUUUAAAAAAUUUGUUAUUGUUAUGCUAUAAAUACUUCGAUCCACGAACGCAAAUGAUUAAGAAUUUUAUAUAUAAAAAUGCAAUAAAAAUGUUAAAAUUUUAAUGAAAAUCAAAGGGUUGAAGAUGUCAUUAAUCUAAAUAACAAGGAUAAACUAUAAUAAUAGUGGCAAUGGUAGUAAUAACUAUAAAAAACUUUUCAAGAAAAAAAAAACAGAAAAAAACUUUUCAAAAUGUUGCUUUCUCGAAAGUUAUUCUUUGCUUAUUUUCUAAGAUAGAUAAUUUAAUGAUAUUAUCUAUCACACGACAUACACUCGUAAGAUGUUUGUUCUAACUGUUCGUUUUUUUUUAUCCAAAUGAUUAUUCAAUAACGUUGUAACAGAUCUACAAGUGUGAUUUCAUGCAUUGAUAAUGCUAGAAUAAUUGCAAUUUGUAAUGAAAACGUAUUUUGACUGCUAUGCCUUUGAAGAUUAACUUAUUUAUUCCUUGCUUAUCCCAAUUAUUGGGAAAAAACAAACAUUUUGAUUAUAAUAAUGCGCAAGUCUUUAUAAAUCUUUUUCUUUAAAAAAAGAUUUUAAAACUCUACUGUAAAUGUAUUUGUAAAUCUUUCCAUAAAUAAGAGGUUCGCCUAAGUAAAAUAGAAUCAAUGAUGUACGGUAAGGCUGCGUAUAAAUUUUAAUGAAUUUAGAAGGUGACAUCAAAACUGUACGAAUCAGCUGUUUUCUUAGCUUCAUAUAUCGUUUUGUUUAUCAUAUAACACUUGUAUCAAGAUGCAAAGACCUAAUAAAAAAUUUAUAGGCUUUAUUGCUUCUUUUAAAUGUCACGAUUAUCUAAUGGUAUAUCUAUUGUACAAAAUAAAAAUAUCAAUUUUUUAUUUAUAAGUAUCUACAGACGUAUCGCAACUAAACUUUAUGUCGUCGAAACUUAUUGUAACAAUAAAUGUUUCACUUGCAUCUCUAUUGUACAUCUGUACGGUAUUAAUUAAAAUAUAUAUAAUAAUAAAAACUAUGAUAUCUCGUUAAUGUCAA